UAAGAGAUUCCCCAUUUUCUUCUCCCUCCCAAUUGAAGUUUGUACUCCCCUUCUAUCUGCUCCUAGCAACAUGACCUCCAUGUUUGAGCGUUAUGUUAAGAAUUUGCUCAAAGAGGUGGGGAGAGAAGAUCUAAAGCCCGUCAAAAGUCUGAGCAGUGCCACCAAGUUCCAUCAGUUUAUUGUGAUACAGAAGAAGAAGGGUAACUUUCUCUCAUGGUUUUGGAAACAACCUGACAUUCCAACUGAAUUCUCCCUCAUGGACAUACUGGAGCCAAGUUCUUCAAUCCCGGAAACUGUCUCAACAGAACCGUUCCUCUUCAAUAUCGCUGGGGUCCAAAAGCAGAAGGGUGAUGUGGAUGUGGAGGUGAACAUUGGGCUAGAAAUGAGCGUGUUGGGGGAAGCUACUGAGUUCCAAGAAUCUUCCCUCGAGUUUCAGUUUCUUAGAAUCCCACCCCAAACCUGGACAGACCUUCAAAAGAGGGAAACAUGGAAGAAAGAGCCAGCGUUUCUGAAGGAGUGCCGCAAGAAAAGGGAGAACCUAUACGUGGUGACAGAGAUCAUGAAACUGACCAAGAGUACUAUGCUGAACGAAAUGGGUCGUGUGAUCGGUGGGGGCAAGUGCUCCAUCCCUUGGAAUCCAUACGUUAAGCCGGAAGAGAACCCCGCUGGUCAUUUGGGGCCUGGUGGCACCAUCCUAGAUGAACUGCAAAAGAACACUAAAGAUCUAUGGGUCAGCCCAACGUACCGCAUCCGUUACAUUCUCGGAGCCAUAAUGGUGCUGAGUGACACCCAACAUGAUCUGCUAGCCUAAUCCGUGGAGAUGAGGACCCUGGCCCAGCAGAGGGAGCUGGUGAGGAGCAUCCUGAAGCCAAACUUCAAAUACCCCUGGCGCAUUCCCUUUACCCUCAAACCCGAGCUCCUUGCCUGCUUGCGGGGUGAGGGUGUGGCCAUCACCUUCGGCCUGCUGGAGGAGUGUGGCCUGAUGAUGGCGCCAAAUAACCCCAGGUCAACCUGGGAUUUAGAAGCCAAAGGGCCCGUCUCUGCCCUGUACACAACCCUCUCAGUGCUACAGCAGCUGACUGAUCCCUAG